CUCAAACGCCAAAACCCUAAAGCCCCAAAACCAUUAACCCACAGAGCCCCAUUUCUCCCCCUCUCUCGAGCUUCUCCAAUGGCGGACCACCAACUCUCCAAGACCUUCCCAGUAAAACCGAAGCUGAAACCCAAACCCAGGACCCAGAAACAAACCCCGGAGUCCAAAUACUGGUCCUCCUUCAAGACCCAACAGAUCCCAAACGUCAUCUCCUCCAUAACCUCCCUCGCCUUCUCCCCCAACCCUCCCUUCCCUUUCGCCGCCGCCCACUCCGCCUCCCUUACCCUCUUCAGCUCCCAAACCUUCUCCCCCACCGCCACCAUCUCCUCCUUCUCCGACGUCGUUUCCUCCGCCUCCUUCCGCUGCGACGGCCUCCUCCUCGCCGCUGCCGACCUCUCCGGCCUUGUCCAGGUCUUCGACGUCAAGACCCGCACUCCUCUCCGGAAGCUACGCUCCCACACGCGCCCCGCCCGCUUCGUCAAGUACCCGAUCGCCGAUAAGCUCCACCUCAUCUCCGGCGGCGACGACGCGCUCGUCAAGUACUGGGAUGUCGCCGGAGAGACCGUGAUUUCGGAAAUGCCGGGGCACAAAGACUACGUCAGGUGCGGCGAUUGCUCUCCGGUGAGCUCGGAGAUGUUUGCCACCGGCUCGUACGAUCACACCGUGAAGCUUUGGGACGUCAGGGUUACGGAUUUGAGGAGGCUGGCGAUCGAGGUCAACCACGGGAGCCCGGUGGAGGACGUGAUCUUCCUGCCCUCCGGCGGGCUGAUCGCCACGGCGGGCGGGAAUUCGGUUAAGAUUUGGGAUUUGAUCGGAGGAGGGAAGAUGAUGUGUUCUAUGGAAAGCCACAACAAGACCGUGACGUCGCUUUGCGUCGGAAUGAUGGCGAAAGACACCGGUGAGGCGUCUCGGCAAUACCGGAUUCUUAGCGCGGGGCUCGAUGGCUACAUGAAGGUUUUCGAUUAUUCGAAAAUGAAGGUCACACAUUCGAUGAGGUUUCCCGCUCCGUUAAUGUCCGUGGCGUUCUCACCAGAUUGUGCGACUAGGGUGAUCGGGACGUCGAAUGGGAUUAUUUACGCCGGGAGGAGAAAGAGUAAGGAGAGUAAGGAAGAGGAGAGAAGAGAAUUGGGGGGGUUUUCCAGUUUGGGAGCGACUGAGGAUGAGCCGCGGAGGCGGGCAUUGAAGCCCUCGUAUUUCCGGUACUUCCAGAGAGGGCAAGGGGAGAAGCCGUCAGAGAGGGAUUACUUGGUGACAAGGACGAAGGGGGUGAAGUUGGCCGAGCAUGACAAGCUUUUGAAGAAGUUUAGGCACAAGCAAGCCUUGGUUUCGGUGUUGCGGUGCAAGAAUCCGGCGAAUGUGGUGGCGGUAAUGGAGGAAUUGGUGUCGAGGAAGAAGCUGUUGAAAUGCGUUGAGAAUUUGGAUUUGGAGGAGCUCGGGGCAUUGCUGGCGUUCUUGCACAAGUACUCGACUGUGCCAGCGUACUCGGCUUUGUUGAUCGGGUUGACAAAGAAGGUUGUGGAGAUGAGAGCUGAGGACAUUGGAGCUUCUGAUGAGUUGAAGAGUCAUGUUAGAAACCUUAAAAGGUCUGUUGAGGAAGAGAUAAGAAUACAGCAGUCUUUGCAGGAAAUACAGGGUAUUAUUUCUCCUUUGUUAAGGCUUGCUGGUAGAAGAUGAAAGAAACUUGCAUUGUUUUUCUUUUCUUUUUCUUUUUUAUUUAUAAGUGAAAAUUUUCUUCUUGUUC